GUUAUAUAGGAAAAAGAAGAAAAAGAAAAGCAAAAUUUAACAAAAGGAACCAUGCUCAUCAAAAAAGUAAAUAUGGUGCCACUUGGAAGGAUACCAAUGGAGGUUUUUCUCAUGCAAGAAUUAGUGUUAGUCCCAACAGCUACCAUCCUAGACAAGGAUCUAUUGCAAGUGAUAUACAGUCUGUCAGUUCAAAUUUAACUACAAUGACACUAACUGCUGAAACUGGAAUUCCGACAACUAGUUUAACGCCACAGCAGCUAGGAGUAAUGGGAAUGGAAGCAUUGGAAACUGCAAUUGGAUAUUGGGAAGAUGCCUUACAAAGUUAUAGGUCACCAGAUCAAAAUGUAUUAUGUUUAACUGAUUCAGAAGAAGGAAAAUUUACUCAACUUCUGCAAAAGAUAUUAGACAAUGCCCAUGAUUUACAAGAAAAUUGUACCCAAUUAUUUCUCUAUGAAAAUUCUGUAUUGUUUAAAUCAGAUUCAGUAUCAUCUACAUACCAAGAAAAAAUAUUAGAAACUGACUGGAGAACUAUGACAAGUUUAUCAUCUGCAGAUAGCUUUGUUUCUGCUCAAGGAGAGGUUGCUGACAUAAGGGAUUUUGAUGAAUUUCUUGAAUUAAAAUUUGAUACUCAAGAUCUUUUACUUUAUCAGGCAGCAAUGAAACAGUUUGAAGAAAAUAAUAUUCCCUACAGAAUUCUUAGGACUGAUUUGCUCAAAUGUCAAACUGAUUAUGAAUACAUUGCUAAACUACAUUGUGUUAGAUUGGCAUUUAAAAUGUUAUUGUCAAAAGAAGAAAAUAAACUUUGGUUUAUUGAAAUUGGAAGUCAACUUCUAACAGAUCUGAUACUGUUUGCUGAGAAGGAUCCAAGAGAUUGCUUAAGAGCAUAUGACAAUAUAUUGGAAUUUAUUCAGCAGGAAGAAAAUUGGUUAAUAAUGGAAGAAGAAUUAAAAACUAGAGGAGUUAAAUGUUUAUCAUUCUAUGAUGUAGUUUUAGACUUCAUCAUUUUGGAUGCUUUUGAAGACUUGGAAAGUCCACCAUCUUCUGUGGUGGCUGUCGUACAGAAUCGAUGGCUUUCAAAUGGCUUCAAAGAAACCGUAAGCUAUGACUUUUACAAAUAUGUAAAUAUUCAUUCCGUUUCUUUGAAUACCUUGCGUAUUACUUUCGGCAUUUGGAUGAUGAUGGCUUUCGUUUUGACUUCUGGAUAUCUCGGCAUACUUCCAUCUUAUAUGAUAUUUCCUGGAGAAGAGAAAAUUCCUCAAACUUUUAAAGAAUUAUUAUCUGUUUCUUCGGAUAAAAAAUACUAUAUGGGUGUCAUAAUUGAUUCCGUGCAAUAUAUGGCACUCUGGAAUAAUUUAUAUAUAUUCCAGUAUUCAAAUGGAUUUAUCAAUCAUUUUUAUUCAAUUUCUGAGCAUAUAAGUCCAGUAUUAGCAUGGGGCUUUCUUGGACCCGAUGAAAACCUGAAACAAGUUUGCAUUUCUUUUAAGGAUGAAAUUCUUGGAUUUUUAUGCGAUAUCUUUGAUUUUACUGUUGUAAGAUAUUCAAAAGUAGAAGAUCUAUCUUCAGAUAUUUUAGACGUAGCUAAAGUAAGAUAUGAAAGAUUGGGUGAAAAAUUUUCAUUAUGAUGUAGGAUAUUUCAUUCCACAUAUGAAAUGUACAUAACUAAUAUUUACCAGUACACUAUGAAAAUAUAUUUGAAAUCUUCCAAAGUUUUUAAAGAAGAUUGAUUGCAAUAGCAGUUACUGUGUUAACAUCAUAUUUAAUAAACAAACUAUAAAAAAAAUGUAAGCAAUGUAGAAUGAGUUCUAAUUCUGAAUUUGUUGUCAAUGUAUAGUGAAAAUAUGAAAAGAUUUGUUAAUUCGUAAGUAAUGAUUAUUAAAUGGACAAUUUUGAAUUAUUUAAAAGUAGCUCCUGAUAAAGGUACUACUUUAUAAACACUAUAUAAACACAAAAUUAAUGUUUAGGUAUCACUACACUACCUAAAAGA